AUCGUAAUGUAAGAUGUUAUGAAUAAUUACAUACACGGUCAGUCUGCUUUGGUUACAGCUCAAAGUAACUCAACUGAGCAUAAUUAAUUCAAAUGGUGUAUUAGAGUCAAAAGGCUCGAUACGGCAACUGUUUUGUUCUACGGAAGUCGGGCAACAACUUUUAUUUUGAAAGCUCACCAAUCAGCGUCACAAGAACCCGGAAGUGGUAAAUUCUCAACAAGGACUCCUGGCCCGGCGUCAUCUUGUGUGGACAACGUGGCAUGGCGGGGCGGUUGGCUCUGCGGGCUCUCCAUACCCUGCAACCCCUUCAUCGGGUUAGUCCUACCUGCAUUCUCGCCGCCCGGUGUGAGCCAGACCUACUACAGGUGUGGAGGGCGCUCCACCUGAGCCCCGCCCUGUGUGCGGGUCACAACAAGUGGUCCAAGGUGAAACACAUUAAAGGGCCCAAAGAUGCGGAGAGGUCACGACUGAUCAUGAAGUUUGGCAUGAUGAUCAAGGUCGCCGUAAAAGAGGGUGGAGCCAAUCCAGACAUGAAUGUAAAUUUAGCAAACAUCAUUGAGCAGUGCAAGAACAAGAACAUACCAAAAGUAUCCAUAGAGACUGCAAUCAAGAAUGCGGAAAAGGGCAAAUCAGCAACCCCGCACAUUUUUGAAGCUCGAGGACCGGGCGGAUUCUUUCUUAUAAUUGAAGUCUUGAGUGACCAGGUGACACGCAGCCACCAGGAUAUCAGACGCAUCCUUAUUAAAAACGGGGGGAUGCUGUCACAGGGAGCAAGCAGCAACUUCUCCAAGAGAGGAGUGGUGGUGAUACCAAGUCAGAACAUCACGUUGGAGCAAGCGCUAGAGCUGGCCAUCGAAGCUGGAGCAGAGGAUGUUGAGGAAACGACGGAUGAGGACAACACUCCCAUUUUGCAGGCCACAUCAAUGUGGAAUGCACUCCCAACAGGUAUAAAAUUUAUAUGUGACACUGCUGACCUGUGGAAGGUACGGACCUCAUUACAGAAGUUAGGGAUGCAGGUGACGUCCAUGGUUUCCGAGUUUGUUCCUCGCACCCUCUUGUCUCUGGACGAGGAGCAGCUGGAGGCGGCUUCCACGCUCAUAGAGGCCCUCAGUGAUGUUCCAGAUGUGGUUCGCAUUUGGGAUAAUAUCCAAGUUCCAAGCUGAGAGAUAUUAAAGACACUGUAGGAAACGGGCACACAAAAAGAACUGGAGUGUAAUUAAGGAAACCAUCAAGAUAUGCAAUAAACACACCAAUUUGCUGCCAUUAUGA